AUGGCACAGGACCCAACACAGGACAGAGGGACGGUCAUCCUUGUUGCAAUGUGGAGCACCACAUCAAUAGCAACAAUCUUUGUCGGCGCUAGAUUGUAUACGCGUGCCAAAAUAGUGAGAAGUCUGGGUCUAGACGAUUAUCUGAUCUCCUUGUCAAUUCUUCUUGGCCUUCUUUUCGUGAGCCUUACGACCGCUUCCGUCAGAGCCGGAGACGGUCGACAUGCUGACUCGCUAACACCUCAUGCGUUCGAACGGGCAGCACUUUUGAACACGGCCGGAUUUGCCCCUGGGAUCCUGUCCUUUGUUAUCCCAAAAUUGGGAGUGGUCGCCCUUCUGUGCCGAAUCUUUAACCCAACGCAGCGCUGGAAAAUCUUUAUCUGGUCAUUCGUCGGGGGAGGCGGUUUAUUGAUUUGCGGUUGCAUCGUCAUCAUAUAUGCACAGUGUAAUCCAACCAAGGCUUUGUGGACGGGGGUGGGAAACUGUUGGAACCCAAGCAUCCUGGUCGACUAUUCGAUCUUUGCAGGCGCGCUCUCGGCUGUUAUCGAUAUCUUUCUUGCUAUCUACCCUGCCGCAAUCUUGUGGCGGUUGCAGCUGCCCCUAAGAAGGAAGGUUUUGCUUCUGGUGGCCUUUGCACUGGGCGCUUGGAUUAGCAGACGAAUCCGAUUCUACUUACAGCACCUCAGAGCUUGUAAUCUGGACAAAGUAAUGACUUCUAUUGGAUCGCCAUGGACAUUGUUGCUGACAUAUUUCAGUGCGGAGUCAAAUGCAGUCAUUAUCGCCGCCUGUAUCCCGACGAUCAUACCUCUGAUAGAGAUGCUAUUCUUCACGAGAAAUGCGAAGAGCUUCCAACUUCGCAGUGAGCAUGAAAUGUGGGCUCCCACAGCGCCGUCGUGUGUGAGACCGGCACUAAGUCCAUUUUGGAAAAUCAAUGUAGAUGGUAGCCGCCAAAUUCGACGACCGAAUGACAACAAUCGCAAUCAGAUUUCUGUCAACGAAAUACGAAGAACGGACGAGAUAUCUGUUUUCAUUGACUGA